UUGUUGCUGUUCACUUCUGUUCUUAUUCAGGAAUGGUAUCCUGAAGCUGCUUCAAGUGCAGAACGUUGGGUCAAUAACUGUAGUCUUCAUCACAGUCCAAACUCUUUGAGAGUUCUUGAAGGAAUACAAUGUGGUGAAAAUCUAUACAAGUCAAGUCACCCUCAUGCAUGGAGUAGAGCAAUUCAGUCUUUGUAUGAUGAAUACAAAUAUUUCACCUAUGACAUUGGAGCAAACCCACCAGGUUCCCUUAUUGGCCAUUAUACUCAGAUAGUUUGGUACAACAGUUACCGUAUUGGUUGUGCUGUUAACUAUUGUCCUUCAUCUGCAUACAACUACUUCUAUGUUUGUCAGUACUGCCCAUCGUAUGUAUCAGCUAUGAUUUCUACAUUUGUCACAUUUAUAGCAAGUCUAAUUAGAGUGAUUCUGAUUUCCCUGGAAAAGAAAAAAAUGAGCUUAAAUAAAAUUUUAAUCAAAUGUUAUUUACAAUCUUACACCCAAACAAAAUAUAAAGCAGUGUACCAUAAAAAGAACAGAAUAAAUGCAAAUGUAGCAGUGAAAUAUGGCUACUCCUAGCUAGACUUAUUAUAUGUUAACUAACUGCAGUAAGUUUUGCAUGCUAAUAAUUCAAGUUUAGCCAUAGUGUAUGGUUUUUUGGAGUUGAUAUUUGUUCAAUAUAAGAUAUUGAAAAUGAAAUUUAUCAAGACCCCAAGGAUUAUUUGAAAUAGGGGUUCCAACAAAGAAUUUCUAAAAGCUAAAUUCUAAGAAAUGGGCCUGGGGCAUAUGGACAAAUCCUUUCUAUGUAGCUGAUUUUCCUAAAUCUGACUUGGAAGAUGACUGAUGAUGGAAUAUGAAAUUAUAGCAAUGAAAAAUUUCACAUACUAUUUACUGACCUUGCCAGUUUGAAAAAAUAUAAUUUCCUAAUGGUAUCCUCAAAAGUAAUUUACUAUGCUUCUACAGGAAGAAUCUUUUUUGCUGAGAAUGUCCUGUCUUACAGCCAGGUAUGCUCUAGGAUAGAAUCCAUAAUGGCACAGGUUUUCUUCAAUAAUCUUUUCUAGUUGAUAU